AGGAAGAUGUUCGGUUUCACCGCGAUCUCUGUUGCGUUUGCUGUGACGCUGCAUUAAUACACACUUUUAGAAAGGUUGUUUCUGUAAAGCGAAAAAUACCGUUUUGAAUCGGUUCGAUAAAUACCUGUCAUAUUCUGAUCCUCGUAGUCGUGACUAAGUUUUGAAGCAAGCAGGGAAAUCUGGAAGGAGUAUCAUCUGUGGAAAAAAUGGUGUUCGUUAAAGAGGAGAGUGAACCAGAACCCUGGAGAAUAAAACAAGAGGAACCAGAACCCUGGAGAAUAAAACAGGAGGAACCAGAACCCUGGAGAAUAAAACAUGAGGAACCAGAACCCUGGAGAAUAAAACAGGAGGAACCAGAACCCUGGAGAAUAAAACAUGAGGAACCAGAACCCUGGAGAAUAAAACAGGAGGAACCACAAAAAAUAAAGCAAGAGGUACCAGAACCCUGGAGGAUAAAACAAGAGGAACAAGGAGAGCUGAUUGAAGAAAACAAGGAGAACAAGGACCUCGAGGAGAAAAUUCUUGUUAAAACUGGAGAAAAACCCUGGAAUUGCUCUCAAAGCAAACCAAAAGAUUUAAAGAAAAGAAAGGCCAAUAAAUCUUUGACCUGCUCUCAAUGCGGAAAGUGUUUCCCAAACAAAUGUCAGAUUGAGAUUCACAUGAGAGUUCAUACUGGAGAGAAACCGUUCACUUGUGAUCAGUGCGGGAAGAGUUUCACUCAGGCGGCGAACCUUAAGAGGCACAUGAACAUCCACACUGGAGAGAAGAUGUACUCAUGUGAUCAGUGCGGCAGAACGUUUCUGAGAGCUUCGGUCCUAAAGCAGCACAUGAAUGUUCAUAUGAAGAAGAAGCCACAUUCGUGUUAUUUAUGUGGAAAGAGUUUUUCACGUCUGCCAAAUCUAAAAGCGCAUCAGAAAAUACAUAACGGCGUCAAAGAGCACAUGUGCUUUGAGUGCGAUAAGGCUUUUACUUCGCCGAACAGUUUAAAACAGCACCAGAUGAUUCACACCGGAGAGAAACCUUACAAGUGCUCACACUGCGACAGGAGAUUCAACCACUCCACAAAUCUGAAAAGACACGAGAGGAUCCACACCGGAGAGAAACCUUAUCCCUGCGCUGCAUGCGGGAUGUGUUUCAAUCGUUCGUCUGCUCUACACAGACAUGCAAAAAAAACCCACAGCGAGUAGAUCAUCUUCAGAUCUUUCAGGUCUGGAGCUGCGUCCUCAACGAAUGUGACGCAAUGGCGCAUCGUGCGGGAAAACAUCUUGAGGAGAAGUCCAUCCUAAGUGUUGUGACAAAGAAACAUCUAAAGUUUUCACAUCGGUAAAGUUCAUCUUCACCUACAAAACUAGCAGAAUCAGAUCAAAGAUGGAGGUCAUCCCCUAAGGAGUCAAAAAGUUUAGCUUCAUGAUAUAACCGAAAUAUUGUGAUUUUCACGCUAUGUUCAGUUGUCUUGUAACGCAUGUGCAUCACCUGUAGUUUGCAGGCUCUUUCAUGAAAGAAAUUAUAAGCUUUUUACACACAAUUCUUGUUCGGAAAGCCGAAGAAAAGGCUGUGAUACUUUUUAAGAGAGACUUCAGAUUUAUUUUUAAAAUGGUUCUUCGUUGUUUUUUAAAAGAUUGAGUUGUUCUUCCAGUUGAGAUGUAUUUGGAAAACAUAAAUGCAUGAUAUGUAACUGUUUCUCUCGAAGCAGGUAUUAAACCUGCUCUGGGGCUAUAUUACGCAAGAAAUCAGAAUCAAUAAACUCUUGUUAAUGGC